AUGUCUGAAAUUGGCUUCAGAGUUGCUUCUAGGCGUAUUCCAGCCGAAAAAUCCGCCAAGCACAUAGGUGUUGCUCGCAUUAAGCUCAAUAUGUUAGAGUUCCCAAAUUCAAGAAGCUUGGAUCCCAAGAAUGUCCAGCGUCCGAAGAAGCUGUUUCGGGGACCACGGGGCUGCAAGCCAGGCGACUUGCAAAAUCGCAUUCCAGCGGUGGUUGACGAGGCGACACUGGGCGAGGCGCUAAACGCCUCUGGACUGACCCGAGACGCUCUGCUUUCGCCCGGCCCAGACUACCCUAGACUAGACUUACCGCCGGGCAACUCAAGGCGCCCGGCGCUUGCGACGGGGAAGCCCGAGGUCUUUACGGUCGCGUCUGUGCGGGAGAGAUUCUCAGCGCGUUUAGUGGCGAACAGCGUCCCGUCACUUUCGGGAUUUUUCGACGAUCUCAAGCACCUCAAGCUUGUCGCAGACAGUGUCAAGUGGCUGGUGCGUCUCGAGAGGAGGGAAACCAUACGGUCUGCCCUGGAGUACUCAUUCUCAGAUGCGGAUUACGGCAACAACCUGUGCUUGGUUCAGACGUCUAGCUCGUCGUUCAGAUCUGUCUCUGGAAGCGACAUAGAUUGGUUCGACGUCGCGUAUAGAGUUCUAUGGCUCUAUGCGCUGCGCGAGUACCUGGAAAUGCCGGCUGAGCCCAAGAAAAAGCUCACAGGCCCCAGGAAUGGCCAGGUCAACGAAAAGGUGCUGUUUGAAUUUGCUUCACUAGCCCAUAAGCUAGGAUUUAGAUCGGUGCGGAUCCAGGACCUACUACAGCGAGGCCCAGACCGAGAAAUUGACCGUCGACUGCUCCUGACGGCUCGAAAAUCUGAUCGUUUCAGGUAUCAUGAUCUUGAGAGAUGCGUAACAGGAGUAACGGAGCUGAUGAAAUCGGCCCAAGCUAUACGCGAUGGUGACGAUACGGAUGCGGGCGAGGAUCAAGUUCGAUCGCCCAAUCGAAGCGGCAUACCCAACCGACCAGAUCAAGCGCGGCACAAGCCUUACGUUUUCCUCGACAAGCUCCACGCGGACGUAGCAUGCGGACCAACUUUGACAUCCCUAUUUAUUCAAAGAUCGACGUACUUUGCAUUCUUGGGGAAGCAGAUCUCUGUCGAUGCUGUCGACGUCAAUAGCAGGCAUGAAGAACAGGCGACCACGGACCCGCCAAGGCCCGGUCCCGAGCCGUCAGCUGGUGGCCAUCCGAGACCAGAGCUUAUGAUAGUGGAUGAAGACCCUCAGCAAAACCGUCUGGAGAACCUAAGACGAACGGCGGACGAGCAGGAAGCCAGGCUGGAGCAGCUCACACAAAGGGAAAGGGGCCAACAGGAAAACAUAGCGCAGCUCCAAAACGCCGUAUCUGAACAAGAGGAAAGACUCAUGGCUUCUAGCCGGGACGCUGAGGCGUUGCAAGAGAAGUUAGAUGACAUGAGGAGAGCGGAAGCUGAGCAGGUGAUCAAGCUAGAGAGCCUGGAAGUCGACGAAGAGAAGCGACGAACUAUUAUCGGUACUCUUGAGCAGACCCAGCACGAACUCGGCGAAGAAAUACGACUCGAUCUGCUCGCGGCUGGCCAGCGAGAGCAGGCGCUCAGGGACGACGAGGCUCAAACAGCCAGACUUAAACAACUUUCGGAAGAGGAGCAGGAGAACCAGAGAAAUCUAGAUCAAUUCAGGGCUCAAACUGCUCGACAACAGGACGUACUAGAUCAGCUCGCAGCGACUGAGCGCGAAAGGAAGGCUACACUGGAGCAACGCGAAGCGGAAGAAAGAAGAAAGUACACCGUGGUGGCAGAGUUGUCAGAGAAUGCUCGUCAGCUCAGCGACGAGGAAAAGAUACAGGCUGAAUCGUGGGCGAGAAUAGAAAAUGAACAUAAGUCAGUUGGUGAUAAGCUUGUUGCGAGGGAACUAGAACUGCGAGGAAACAUUGACCAGCUUGCGGCAUGUUUGGAGAGACUUCAGGCGAAAAUCGAAAAAGCCACCAACGCGUCUAUUGCAGCUCAGAAUGUCUGGCAGCAGGGGGUGCUAGCCAUCCAUUGUGCCAGCGUUUGCACGGCAGCCCAGAGAAUGCCUGGCACGGACAUCGAGUUCAUCUCUGUUGUCGCUCUCCUAGCCCCCGUCGUCCUGGCCGCCCCGCAGGCGAGGCAGGAAAGGGGCUGGAUCGCACUCCUCCAGGAACAGUGCCCUGAUAUGCCAAAGCAGUGUCUAGAUAUUGCUAAGAAGGUCCAUGAGCCGGCGUUUGGUAUUGCUGAAGUUCCACAAGCUACACAGGCCAUGCCGACUUGUACCCCAGCCUAUGUGGACUGUACCAAAGCCAUCGCAGGCGAGUCUUAUGUUUCUACUUUUCCUGAGCCAGGCGGCACUCAGCUCGCUACAUGCCUCCUACAAAUUGCGCCUGAUCAUUUCAAGUACUUUCUCGACAAUGAUAGCGCUGAGAUACCGAUUCCGGCUCCCCAAAACUGUGCAUUGCGAGAGCUACACCGCGUCGCACACGUUGAACUGGGUCCCUUGGCAUAA